AUGGAUAUCGACAAGGACAACGCCAACCCGACUAUCCUGAACCCCUCCGAUCUGCCCUCGCGCCGCCGUGAGUCGACGGGCAGGCGGCGUGAUGAUGGCGGGACAGGCCUCUUCAAUGACCUGAUACCGCGCUACAACUAUCUGAGCGAUGCCUUUGACGACCCGGUUUCACCAACUGACUCUGAUGACGACGCCCGAGAGGACAUAGACGAGCAGGAAAUCUACGACCUCAUUUCCACCAUCUGCGACCCCGAGCACCCUUUGUCCCUCGGCUCCCUGUCCGUCGUCAACCUGCCAGACAUCCACAUCCUGCCGCCGACCUCUCCGCUUUCCUCCAUUAGCACCGUGGUCGUAGAGAUCACGCCAACCAUUACCCACUGCUCCCUGGCCACAGUCAUUGGCCUCGGGGUACGCGUGCGGCUCGAGCAGGCACUGCCUCCUCGCUUUCGCGUCGACGUGCGCAUUAAAAAGGGCACACACAGCACAGACGCGCAGGUGAACAAGCAGCUUGGAGACAAGGAAAGGGUCGCCGCCGCCUUGGAAAAUGGCACCUUGAUGGGUGUGCUGAGAAAGAUGCUUGCCACGUGCGAAUAA